CUGCCCUAAAGCAAUAAACCUACUGAGCGUCCUUCAGUGCUGGAUCAUUUCUAUGGGUGCGUUCCAUUGAAUCAGCAUCUGGGUUACAACAACCAAUCAAAACGCAAACACACCUAAAUGUUGCCCAAUAUUUUAGCCUAUAGCUGACCCACGUGACCUUACACACGUGACCCUGAAAGAACCUGUUUACUCUGCAGAGUUCACUGUAACAUGGGUGGAUGCAGCAGAUUAAGUCCUGGGGUAGCCUCUAGUUCAACAAGAGAGGCCAGCUUCAUGACUCAGCCUGUGGCUCCAGCUCAAGACAAAGAACUUCAUAUGACGUGUUUGAUUGUAUUUGUCAACAUGCUGCAUAAGAAAGAAAGUGGGAGCUAAGUGAUUUUUUUACAUAAAAAAAUCUGCCUUACAAUUUUAGGCAAAUCAUUGAAGUAUGGACACUGGACAAUUUUUUGAUGGGGUUCUGUUCCUUUGAUUCAGCGAGACUCUACGUCUGACUCUCCUUGGCCUUUCCAAAACAAAAAAACACAUGCUCCAUGUUUUUUUUCCUCAAGGUUUUUUAGUAGGGAUGAACUGUUCUGUCUAAUAGAGAUAUUAUUAUGGGCUUCAUGUCAUUCACAGCUCCCUAAAAUUUUGCUAGACAUGUUAUACAUCCAGGAAACUUUAGAAUCAGAUGACUGAGCAGGAUAUGUGAGGGCAUAUGGUUGUGUGUUUUAUUUGUUCCCUUUCAAACCUCUUGUACUUUGUACCGGGUCACACCCAUAGACUCACCCUGUACUGUCUUGUGUCCCCUCUGGUUCUGUUUGUUUAUUCUGUUCUUGUUACCUGCAUGUCAGAAAUGUUGCUUUCUAAAGUGCUGAAGACAAAAUAGAAAUAAUGGAGGAUAUAUAUAUAUAUAUACUCAAAACUGCAGCAAACAUGUUCAGUAUUUUUGCAUCAGCACUAUCUGAAGCCAUCCCCUUCACUUUCUGUCACAGUUCAACUAUGUUAUCAAUGUCAAUAAAAGUGAACUCAUAACGAUACUGAAAAUGAAAGUUCGGGGGCUUCUCGUCUGAGGUCUGAAGUUCCAAAAAAUCCCAUGUUAUCCAGAAACUGAAAGUAUAGGGAUCAUAUAUAUAGAGCUUCUCUGCUUAGUUCAACACCACAGACAGAACAGACUGUACCAAACCUCCCACAUUCCAGCAUCAACAGGACCAUCAGAGAAGUAACACAACAAUGAGUUAUGGAAACAUAGGAUCGGUUGAGACCAGUGGAGCUUCAUGGCAAACUGCUCAGGGGGACAAGCUGGGAUACUCAGGUGUAGCUGCAUCACACACAAUGGCAGAGAUAGACAUGGGCAGAAUGAGUCAGUACAAGUCCAAAAUCAUUAAAGUGGGACAGAAACAAGGAGUCGACCCGGCUCUCAUUGCUGCCAUCAUCUCGAGAGCUUCCAGGGCCGGAAACGCACUGAAAGACGGCUGGGGAGACUAUAAAAACACCUGGGGACUAAUGCAGGUUGAUGUUAAUCCCAAUGGAGGUGGACACAAGAAAGAAGGUGGAUGGGACAGUGAGAAACACCUCAACCAAGCCACUGGGAUCUUGGUUCAUUUUAUUAUCCGAAUCAAGAAUAAGUUUCCUGACUGGAGCAAAGAGCAGCAGCUGAAAGGAGGAAUAGCAGCCUACAGCACGGGGGAUGGGAAUGUGCAUUCCUAUUCUGGAGUGGAUGAACUAACAACCGGUGGAGACUACUCCAAUGACGUCACAGCCAGAGCUCAGUGGUACAAAAACAAUGGGUACUGAAGCUGAGCAGUCUCCUGAAAGUCAUCAAUGAAACAUCAUAUUGUGUGUACUGUGUUAAAACCUGGGCUAAAUAAACGUGAUGCAAAGUGAAACUACAA